UGGCGGCGGCGGGCGCCUCGCGGCCCCAGGCCGGGGUCGCUGCUGCCGCCGCCGCGGCGGAAGAGUCGUCGGACAGCGAGCCGGAGCAGGAGCCGGGCUCCCCGCACAAGCUCAUCCGCAAGGUCUCCACGUCCGGCCAGAUCCGCCAGAAGACUGUCAUAAAAGAGGGGAUGCUGAUGAAACAGACCAGCUCAUUCCAGCGCUGGAAGAGGCGAUAUUUCAAACUGCGAGGACGAACGCUCUACUAUGCAAAAACUGCGAAGUCGAUAAUUUUUGAUGAGGUUGAUCUGACAGAUGCCAGUGUGGCAGAAUCUAGCACUAAGAAUAUCAACAACAGCUUCACGGUUAUCACCCCGUGUCGGAAACUCAUCCUCUGUGCAGAUAACAGAAAAGAGAUGGAAGAUUGGAUUGCAGCACUGAAGACUAUACAGAACCGUGAGCAUUUUGAGUCUACACAGUACAGUAUGGACCAUUUCUCAGGGAUGCAUAACUGGUACGCCUGCUCACAUGCUCGGCCAACGUACUGCAACGUGUGCCGGGAGGCAUUAUCUGGGGUCACGUCGCAUGGACUCUCAUGUGAAGUAUGCAAGUUUAAAGCUCACAAACGGUGUGCUGUCCGGGCAACCAACAACUGCAAAUGGACGACACUGGCGUCUAUUGGGAAGGAUAUCAUUGAAGAUGAAGAUGGGAUUUCAAUGCCACACCAGUGGCUGGAAGGAAACCUCCCCGUGAGUGCCAAAUGCAUGGUGUGCGAUAAAACAUGUGGCAGCGUUCUGCGCUUACAAGACUGGCGCUGUCUCUGGUGCAAAGCCAUGGUACACACAACCUGUAAAGACUUGUUGCCAACUAAGUGCCCCCUCGGCCUCUGUAAAGUAUCUGUCAUCCCUCCCACGGCUCUGAACAGCAUUGAUUCAGAUGGGUUCUGGAAAGCCACUUGCCCCCCGUCCUGCACAAGCCCCUUGCUGGUCUUUGUCAACUCAAAAAGUGGAGACAACCAGGGUGUAAAAUUCCUAAGAAGAUUCAAACAGCUGCUGAAUCCGGCACAGGUCUUUGAUCUUAUGAAUGGAGGACCUCACCUUGGUUUACGUUUAUUCCAGAAAUUUGACACUUUCCGGAUUCUGGUUUGUGGUGGGGAUGGAAGUGUUGGAUGGGUUCUGUCCGAAAUUGACAGCCUCAAUCUUCACAAACAGUGCCAGCUGGGAGUGCUUCCCCUGGGUACAGGAAAUGACCUUGCCCGGGUGCUAGGCUGGGGAUCUGCAUGUGAUGACGACACCCAGCUACCACAGAUCCUGGAGAAGCUGGAGAGGGCCAGUACCAAAAUGCUGGACAGGUGGAGCAUCAUGGUGUAUGAAACCAAACUCCCUCGUCAGUCAUCGACUUCCACAGUCACUGAAGAUUUCAGUGAGGAUUCUGAGGUGCAGAAGAUUCUCUUCUAUGAAGACUCUGUGGCUGCUCAUUUGUCCAAAAUCUUGACUUCUGACCAACACUCUGUGGUCAUCUCCUCAGCCAAGGUGCUUUGUGAGACAGUGAAGGAUUUUGUGGCUCGAGUAGGGAAGGCCUACGAGAAAGCGACGGAAAGCUCAGAGGAGUCGGAGGUCAUGGCCAGGAAGUGCUCUGUCCUGAAGGAGAAGCUGGACUCCCUUUUGAAGACAUUAAAUGAUGAAUCUCAAGCCUCUUCGUCUCUGUCAAACCCACCUCCCACCAUUGCAGAGGAGACAGAAGAUGGUGAUGGAUCUGGCAGUGCUUGUGAUUCUUCUAGUGACCACUCCAUGGGAUCAUCAUGCACUGCCCGUCCCCAGAUAUUCCGGCCUAGAGAACAGCUAAUGUUGAGAGCCAACAGCCUGAAAAAAGCCAUUCGUCAGAUUAUAGAACAUGCAGAAAAAGCUGUUGAUGAGCAGAAUGCCCAGACACAGGAGCAGGAGGACUUCAUCCUGGGGCUUUCCACCUCUGAGGAGGGAAAGGAGCUGAGGAACGAGGAUAAAACCUCCCUGCAGCCAUUGCACAGUGGCAACUAUGGAGUUCCCAAAGGGAGGAGUCAUCGGAAAGUGUCCAAAUCUCCUUGUGAAAGGCUAAUAAACAAAGGAAGUUUGUCGCUGGGCAGCUCUGCAUCUCUUCCUCCCCAGACAGGAAACCGGGACAACCUGCCAAUGCUCAACACAAAGAUCGUCUACCCAAAUAUUCGUGCUGGUAUGUCUGGUUCUCUGCCUGGGAGUUCGGUCAUCAGCCGAUUGUUGAUCAAUGCAGAUCCCUUUAACUCUGAGCCAGAAAACCUAGAGUGUUACACAGAGAAGUGUGUCAUGAAUAAUUAUUUUGGAAUUGGAUUGGAUGCAAAGAUCUCUCUGGACUUCAACAACAAACGUGAUGAGCACCCAGAGAAGUGCAGAAGUCGUACUAAAAACAUGAUGUGGUAUGGAGUGCUCGGGACCAAGGAGCUACUACACAGAACAUACAAGAACUUGGAGCAAAAAGUCUUGCUGGAGUGUGAUGGGCGUCCGAUCCCUUUGCCCAGUCUUCAGGGGAUCGCUGUACUCAACAUUCCCAGCUAUGCUGGAGGCACUAACUUCUGGGGAGGCACCAAAGAAGAUGAUACAUUUACAGCCCCCUCCUUUGAUGACAAGAUCUUGGAGGUGGUAGCCGUGUUUGGUAGCAUGCAGAUGGCAGUGUCACGAGUGAUUAAUCUACAGCAUCACCGGAUUGCACAGUGCCGGACAGUGAAGAUAGCAAUCCUGGGAGAUGAGGGAGUGCCUGUACAAGUGGAUGGAGAAGCCUGGAUUCAACCCCCUGGUUAUAUUUGGAUUGUUCAUAAAAACAGGGCACAGACACUAACUAGAGACAGGGCAUUUGAGAGCACCCUAAAGUCCUGGGAAGAUAAACAGAAGUGUGAGUUGCCCCGGCCCUCCUCUUUCUCCCUGCACCCAGAGAUCAUGUCUGAAGAAGAGUCCACCCAGAUUAACCAGUUUGGUCAAGCGGCAGGAGCUCUGAUUCAUAGCAUUCGGGAAAUAGCCCAGUCCUAUCAAGACAUGGAACAGGAACUUGCUCAUGCAGUCAAUGCCAGCUCCAAAUCUAUGGACAAAGUAUAUGCCAAAUCCAAAUCGACAGAGGGUCUGAACUGCAGCCUUGUUGUAGAGAUGGUGAAUAACGUUAAAGCCCUGCAUAGUGAGACAGAGCUUCUGCUGGCUGGCAAGAUGGCACUGCAGCUGGAUCCUCCACAGAAGGAGCAGCUCCUAGCAGCGCUGACAGACAUGGACCUUCAGCUGAGGAAGUUAGCAGACAUCCCUUGGCUAUGGCAACUCAUGGAGCCCAGUGAUGAUGAGAACCAGAUGCUGGAUUAUUCCAAACGCAGCCGCAGUGGCAAAUUUCGGCUGGUGACCAAGUUUAAAAAGGAGAAAAACAACAAGAAUAAGGAGACUCGUAGCAGCAUGGGACUGCCUGUUCACCUCUGGGGAACGGAGGAGGUUGCGGCCUGGCUUGAGCAUCUCAGUCUUUGUGAGUAUAAGGAUAUCUUCAUCCGGCAUGACGUCCGGGGCUCUGAGCUCCUGCAUCUCGAACGGAGGGACCUCAAGGACCUGGGAGUGACCAAAGUGGGUCAUAUGAAGAGGAUAUUACACGGGAUCAAGGAGCUGAGCCGGAAUACUCUUGUCAGCGAGGUUUAGCCUCUGUUUUCACAGCCUGUGUCUACCAUUCCCCCUAACUUCUGCACAGCAUUCACCUCCCAGAGCAGCUAUGCUCAAAACUGUCACUGUUCAGAGUUCAUAUCAGCCAGUCAUGGUGCUACCUUUUUUCAUGUGUGGUACAGUUGCAUCCAGCAAGAGGCACCUUAUCUGCUGAGGGGGGUGGAGCCUCCCAGAAGAGAACUCAUCAGCCAUUUGAAGAACUCUGUCCUUAGACAUGGAAAGUCUUAGUUCUGGUGACAAUGCAGGACAACUGACAAUUGCAACACAGCUACCUUUAGUGUGUGAUUUCAUCAUAUUGGAAUUAUUCAGGGCAAAAGAUGUAUUGGCCAGUCAUAGUCUUUUCAGAUCUGAGACUUUCCCACUGGUCUGUAUGUGACAGCUGUAUCUGAUAUUGCUCAAAUGGGGCGACACUUGUCCUUUUGGCCUAUUGUAGCCCCCUUCUGGAUACAUCCUUCAGUUGCAUGUGAUCUGCAAGAGAAGCUCAAAGCCAGUGCAAGUCUGCCCUUGCAGUGAUUCUCUCUGUGUCACUUAUGCCUUGCAACAAACAAUGCAUGUGGUUACAGCCUUUUGCACCAGCCUACAGUCUCACCCUCGGCCUGUGUCUGUCCUCCUUCAGCCAAUGAUGGUGGUGCAGCCAAAUUCAGAGCCAUUGCAGUUAGGUGAAAAUUCCAGCCAGUCACAGAGGACAUUCUCUGGCUAGCCCCUUAUCGCUUGACAAUAGAGCAAAAAUUGUACAGGCAAUUCGCUUAUGAAAUCACCCAUUCAGUAUUCAUCUUUAGGAGACUGGGGGGAAGAACCACUCAUGGCAGGAGGGGUAAAUUAGCCAAAUGGGAUACAGAAACAAUUCGACCCACCUUGUUAGGGGAACAGCAUGUCAGGCACCAGAUUGGAGCCGGUUAGGAACGGCUUCUUUUCAGGUCAGUGCCACUUCCAUAGCUACAAGUGAAUGGAUACUAACAAUAGACCUGUGGCUUUAAUUUAUAUACAAGGGCAGAAAACACUCCCCUCUCUUGAAGGAUAUAAAGCUAUCAUUGAAACUUGCAUCUUUUCCCCUAUUUAAGUCUUUGUGCUGCUUUUCCCCCUCCUGUCUCUCUCAAGCUGCCUUGUUCCCUCACAACAGUGCUGGUGGAUGCCAAAGGAAACAGGGUCACUUACUCUUCAUGGCAUUGUACCUGCUACUAAGAGAGCAUGUGCCUUGGAACAUUGAGGGAUUUUGUAGAAGCAUCUGGAGUUAGUGUUACAUGGCAGAGGAGCAUCAUGUUGAAAAGUGAUGCCCCUUUGGCAACUAGCCUCUGAUGCCAGCAUGUGGAAGAUGGGAAAAUCAGCACGUCUGAAUCAGAGGUCAUAGACUGCUUCCGGAUUCCUGUUCUAUUGAUUAACCUCCGUCAAGUGACUGGUGAAGCCCAAAGCCCAGCAGACCUAGUUCAGUUGGUGUGAUUAUCAUUGGGGAGGGGGCUUGCUGGCAGUUAGCACCAAAAAGCUGGAAAGAGGGGAGGACUUUUUCGUUACAUCUUUUGUAUGUUUUUU